UACUUCCCUCAGCUCGCCAAGUUCGUCUUGCGAAUGCCGGGCACUAUCCACGAAGCCGUUGUCAGAAAUUUCGAACACCUAGUUACACAACAGCUAGAUAUUAUCAAGCAGAGUAACGACCAAGUCGCUGCCGAUUUCGCUCGGGGCGUAUCCGUAGUAGGAAGUCCCAAGAUUGAGAGCGAUGGUGGUUCCCAUUACCCAGACGGGUCGUUUGCGCACGAAGAUGCGGAGGUAGAAUGUGUUAUCUUGGAGGUCUCCCAUUCACAACAACGACAAGAUAUGCCAUUCCUUAUAGAUGACUAUAUCCUAGGUUCAAAUGGGCGGACCCAAGUCGUUAUUGGGGUUGACCUUGAAUACCGGGAGGAGAAGGGAAAAGAAGCCAGGGUCACUGUGUGGCGACCAAGAUAUAUUGAGGAAGAUGGGGAAGCCGUACUUGAAGCAGCUGAG